AUGGGAUCCUCUUACUCCACAAUAUCAGUGGAUGUCAAUUCUAUCAGACGUGAAGCUUCAGCUUCUACUGGAGGAAACCGAAUUCAUUACCCAAGACACUCAGCAGAUAGCGUCGAGACUUUCAACAUUCUCCGACAAAAGCUGCCGUCUGAACUCGUGCUAGAGAUUCUAGAAUUCGCAGAGUAUUGGGUGUUAUCUGCUGUCCACAGAGAAGACAGGGUGCAUUACAAUGAAAGCGACUGUCGUGAUCGAACCCCAUAUUUGACAUCAGAGCCCAUUCAAGGCGAGCGAUUUCCCGUGCAAGAGAUCAAAAUCAACAUCUGGAGCCAUGACCAAGGAUGGAGCAGCUAUCGCGAGGAUCAUGGUACCUUCAAUAACUCUUGGACGUGGUUUGAUCUUGGUAUUGAGAAACCCCCGGGACGAGAGGAUAUCCCCACAGAUGAAAACCUACGUCUGGCGACCAAUGUCCACGCUGGACGUGAAACCAUGAACCAUCAGAUUAUCUACCGGAGGGACCAGGCGCUCAACUGGAUGCAAAAUCUUCAAGCAGGUGAUCGGAUAUCAAUUGUGCCCCGGGCGCGUUUUGCUGGCUGGAGAAACACCGUGGAAAAGGCUUCUAUUGAGGUUUACACCAGCCCUGUUCUGUGA